CGUUCAUCGACGGCAUGGAUGGACAAAAGCCGAGCAGUGCAACGCGUGUUCCCAUCUUAGUUUUCCUUCACCACGUCGUCGAGCUCUCUGUUCAGUCUGCCUCGUGCGCUGUCUGUAAUGAACGCGUCACUCAAUCCUUCCGCACUGUCGUCCUUGCCACCUGCAAAUGAGAUUCCGUCUGCAUUCUCAGCAAGCAUGAAACAAUGGUGGGCAGCAGGGGAGAAGCAAAGUGCUAUCAGCGAGGAACGGCUACUAAGGCGGCUGCCUUUCUUCCGCAAAGAUGCAUCAACUUCGGUAGAUGGUCCAGUGGUGGCUCAUAGCUCCAGGGUCGAGCUGUCCACCCCCAAACACUUUGUCAAUACCUUCUCUAUAGCACCAACCUCUCCAUCACCAACGGCACCGCCGCCCACAGUUCUUCUUCACGGAUACGGCGCCGGUCUAGGGUUCUUCUUUCAUAAUUUCCCGCCACUUGCCGACUGGGCUGGAAGGCGGGGAAGUCCUGUCUAUGCACUCGACUGGCUAGGCAUGGGUCGCUCUGCUCGCGUGCCUUUCACGGUCAAGGCUUCUCGCAAGGACAUUCCAGGGCGAGUCAAGGAGGCCGAGUCUUUUUUCAUUGACUCUCUGGAGGACUGGCGACAGAAGAUGGGCCUAGAAAAGAUGACCCUUGUCGGUCAUUCUCUUGGUGCAUACUUUACUGUCGUCUACGCGCUCAAAUAUCCCACGCGAGUCAACAAACUAAUUCUGUUGUCGCCUGCCGGUAUACCUCGCGGACCUGAUUAUUCUGUUCCCUCGCAAGAGUUGGAACCUUCGGAAGCGCAUGGACCUGGUGGGUCGGCAGAACCAGCCACGAGACAGAAGGUUCAAGAAAUUGAAUCUCAACAGCGGAGGGUCAAAGCCCAAGAGAGCCGAACUAGAAAGCUUUUCACUUAUCUGUGGGAAGAAGGAUGGAGUCCAUUCCAGGUCGUCCGAUCGACUAUGUUUUGGGGACCGUUGAUAGUUGGCAAGUACUCGUCGCGACGAUUCACAGGCUUGACGCCCGAGGAAACGCGUGACAUGCACGAUUAUAUUCUCAACAUCACUCUGGCCAAGGGCUCUGGGGAGUACUGUAUAUCUCAUAUUCUCGCUCCUGGCGCAUACGCCAGAAUGCCUAUCGUCGAUCGAAUCUCUGCCCUCAAGAUUCCGGUAACUUUUGUCUAUGGCGACCAUGAUUGGAUGGACCCAGAAGGAGGCCAAGAGUCUGUCGAACGACUACGCCAGUCCGGUAAUGGCCAAGGACGAAUGUACAUCGUCAACAAUGCCGGCCACCACGUUUAUCUUGACAACGCCAAACUUGUUAACGACCUGCUGCUUAAAGAGUUGGAUCGCCAGCCCCCGAUGCAUCCAUAAAUAUUUUUGUCGCUUUUCGGACGCACAAGAUUAGAACUAUAUAGAAUUUUGUAUACCUUUUUAUUAUUUAACAUCUAAUUUGAUUAGCCUUUCUGACUGAGUCA